GAACAUUUUCUGCAGCAUCUCAUCAACCAGACCAAACGCACUCGGGAAGUGGAUGAAUGUUUCCGCUUGCUCUACGAGACUUCGCCAUUUCAUCAAGUUCUUCUCGGCUAAAUAAUUAGCUACAGGAAAUCAGUUCAAGAUCUACCCAACUUACCAUGUCUGGUUCUGGAUGGGGUGUUCCAGCCCAGAGAAGCUUACAGCGGGCUCCAGAGAUUAUUUUAGUGAAGCUGGGGGACUGCAAUCAAACAGUGGAAUUCAAUGUGAUUGUCAAAGAGGAGGAGGAGGAGAGAGAAAUCAAUGAGGGGGAGGAGGAAGAGCGAGAGGAUGACAGGGACUCUGUUGACCCAGUAUACCCCUCAGGCUUCUGUAUGUGUAAGAGGGAAGGAGAGAUCCCCAACCCAGACUCGGUCAACAAGCCCAGUUCCACAGCAUCAAGACUGCCUGGUUGUGGGAGUUACCCCUGUCCUCAAUGUGGAAAGUUUUUCAGUUCCUCAACUCAUCUAAAGAAUCAUCAAAGAGUACACACUGGAGAGAAACCUUUUGACUGCUCGGCAUGUGGGAAGAGUUUCAGUGAGAAAGUAAACCUUAAGAGACAUGAGAGAGUACAUAGUGGAGAGAAGCCUUACCACGGCACCACGUGUCGGAAGAGCUUCAAUCACUCAGGAAGCCUUAAGGAACACCAGCGACUACAUACAUGGGAGAAACCUUACCACUGCUCUCUUUGUGGGAAGUGUUUCAAUCGAGCAGGAGACCUGAAAACUCAUAAGAAAUCACACAGUGGAAAGAAGCCUACCUGUACUUUCAAUGUGAUUGUCAAAGAGGAGGAGGAGGAUGAGGAGAAGGAAAAGAGGGAAGAGCAGGAACCUAGUGGUGUAGUUGACCCAGAUACAUCAAGACUAUCUGGUCGUGGUCGUUACCCCUGUCCUCAAUGUGGGAAGAGUUUCAGUUCCUCAGGUAAGCUAAAGAAUCAUCAGAGUGUACACACUCGAGAGAAACCAUUCCACAGUGCCACAUGUGGGAAGAGUUUCAGUGUAAAAGUCAACCUCACGAGGCAUGAGAUGGUACAUAGUGGAGAGAAUCCGUACCACUGCACCAAAUGUGGGAAGAGCUUCAUCAUUCAUUCUGGAAGCCUUACACAUAGAGUACCUACAGGGGAGAAGCCUUACCACUGCUCUCUGUGUGGGGAGGGAUUCACUCAGCUAAGAAGUCUUAAAAGUCAUGAGAGAACAUCCAUUGGAGGGAAGCCUGCCUGUGCUUUUAAUGUAAUUGUCCAAGAGGAGGAGGGAGAAAAGAAAGAAGUUGAGGACAAUAGCGGUGUAGUAGACAGUGCAUGUCGGAGCAAAAAACAAGGCACGAGGUCGAAGGAAUUGUCCGUAGAGCUCCGAGACAGGAUUGUGUCGAGGCACAGAUCUGGGGAAGGGUACCAAAAGAUUUCUGCAGCAUUGAAGGUCCCCAAGAACACAGUGGCCUCCAUCAUUAUUAAAUGGAAGAAGUUUGGAACCACCAAGACUCUUCCUAGACCUGGCCGCCCGACCAAACUGAGCAAUUUGGGGAGAAGGGCCUUGGUCAGGGAGGUGACCAAGAACCCGAUGGUCACUCUGACAAAGCUCCAGAGUUCCUCUGUGGAGAUGGUUGUCCUUCUGGGAGGUUCUCCCAUCUCUGCAGCACUCUACCAAUCAGGCCUUUAUGGGAGAGUGGCCAGACGGAAGCCACUCCUCAGUAAAAGGAACAUGACAGCCCGCUUGGAGUUUGCCAAAAGGCACCUAAAGGACUCUCAGACCAUGAGAAACAAGAUUCUCUGGUCUGGUGAAAACAAGAUUGAACUCUUUGGCCUGAAUGCCAAGUGUCACAUCACCAUCCCCAUGGUGAAGCAUGGUGGUGGCAGCAUCAUGCUGUGGGGAUGUUUUUCAGCUGCCGGGACUGGGAGACUAGUCAGGAUCGAGGGAGAGAUGAACAGAGAAAAAUACAGAGAGAUCCUUGAUGAAAACCUGCUCCAGAGUGCUCAGGACCUUAGACUGGGUCAAAGGUUCACCUUCCAACAGGACAACGACCCUAAGCACACAGCAAAGACAACCCAGGAGUGGCUUCGUGACAAGUCUCUGAAUGUCCUUGAGUGGCCCAGCCAGAGCCCGGACUUGAACCCGAUCGAAAAUCUCUGGAGAGACCUGAAAAUAGCUGUGCAGCGACGCUCCCCAUCCAACCUGACAGAGCUUGAGAGGAUCUGCAGAGAAGAAUGGGAGAAAUUCCCCAAAUACAGGUGUGCCAAGCUUGUAGCGUCAUACCCAAGACGACUUGAGGCUGUAAUCGCUGCCAAAGGUGCUUCAACAAAGUACUGAGUAAACGGUCUGAAUACUUAUGUAAAUGUAUUAUUUUAAAUAAAUUUGCUAAAAUUUC